AUGAGUGCCUUUGCGAUAGCUGUCUUUCAGACGACAGCCACUGUGGCAAUCAAUGACGAUAACGCGCCUGUUGCAAAUCAACCUUUUGUUCAAGUCUUGAAUGUCGUCGUGGAAACGGAUACGCAUAUCUUGUCACUCAUUCGAUAUGUACCCGAUUUGCUUGAAUUUGACACUUUGAUCAAGACCCAUUAUCAUCGCGUCAAGAUUCCAUUUCCAGCAUUAUCAGAAACAUCCAAAGCCGACAAGCGACGUAGUUUUCGACAACUCUUGACAUCUCUUUCGCAUCAUCAUAGUCGCUCUGAUUCUGAAAAGAUCCAACGCUACUUGCAAAAAUGCUCGGUGGAGCCCGUUGUACGUUCAUCCAGCAUCUUUCGAGACUUCUUUUCAGCUCAGCGAGAUGAAGAUCAAAUCAUUUCUAAAAUACCCAAUCCGAGAAUCCUUACACCUGAUGAACACGUUGAAGAUGCCGUUGUACCUCAAUCACCACCACCAAUACCGCAUACAAAACAACGAGAGAUCCCAUCAUCACCGCCGCCUAGAGUACCUGAAAAAGUCAAGGUUGAGGAAGCCAUUGUACCACCAAAGCAGGAGAAGCAACACGAGGAGCAGCAGCAACAACACGAGCAGCAGCAUCAACAUCAACAACAACAAGAAGAGGAGAUUGAAUCAACAUCACCACCACCAGCAGCCAUAGUGCAUGAUAGCCCUGCAGAGCAAGGAGCAACAAAUGAUCGCCCCACCACCACCAACUAUGAUUAUCUCGCUGAUUUGGAAAUGAUCAAGGUUCUUGGCAAGGGUUGUAUGGGCAAGGUAUUCUUGGUUCGAUCACACAAAUCCAAUGAGUUGUAUGCCCUCAAGAGCAUCAUGAAGGAGUUGGUGAUUGAGCAACGUGAGAUUACGCAUACAUUGGCAGAGAGAGAUAUCCUUGCUACCAUGUCGGGUAUCAAUCAUCCAUUCUUGGCCAAGCUACAUGCAUCAUUUCAAGAUACACAUCGGCUGUAUUUAGUCACUGAUUAUUACUGUGGUGGCGAUUUGGCUACUCAAAUGAGCACCUGUUCGACCUUUUCAAAAGAGCGUAUUCUUUUCUAUGCAGCCGAGAUGAUUGAAGGCAUUGGAGAAUUGCAUCGUCUCGGCAUUUUGUAUCGUGAUCUCAAGCCUGAAAACAUCCUUUUGACCAUUGAUGGCCACGUAUUGUUGACUGAUUUUGGUCUCAGUAAAUGGCUUCACAGCGAUGAACACCAUAUGACGCAAACCUUUUGUGGUACAGCAGAGUACCUUGCACCUGAAGCGUUAUUGGGAGAGCCGUAUUCAUUUGGUGUUGAUUAUUGGGCGUAUGGAACGAUUUUAUACGAGAUGCUUGCAGGCAUUACACCCUUUUGGGCUGACAACCAUUCGGAAAUGUACCGACGCGUCCUGCAGGAUCCACUUGAAUUUCCUCCCGACACAGAUUUUGAAACAGCCGAAUUCCUUUCAGCUCUUUUAGAACGAGAUCCUUCCAUGCGUCUUGGUGUCAAUGGUGUGGAUGAGAUCAAAUCACACAUUUACUUUGGCUCUAUAUCAUGGGAUGACGUUUAUCAUCGUCGUCUUAUUCCACCCUAUGUGCCUGAUAUCCGAUCCUCCCUUGACUUUUCAAACUUUGAUCCCUCUUUCCUUGAAAUGCCGCCUGUGUUAACUCCGGUGUCAUCCCAGCAUAACCUUACUCAAGAGAUGCAGCAAGUCUUUGAUGGGUAUUCUUUUGUUGAUGAGCGAUUUGCAUAUGAUGAUAAAGAGGAGCCAACCAUCCCAUUACAACAACAAUCCCCGCUGGCCGGUGAAGAUGAUGAGAGUAGUGGAUGGGAUGAAGAAGAUGACGAGGUCGCUAGCAACAACAAGCGGCUUACAAUGGAUCGCAUCGAUGAGCAACAAAUCAAGCAAGAGCAAUUGUAUAACCAAGUAUGUCCAACGGUACAACCAGCUCGAAAACGUGGAAGUAUAAGCAUGCUUUCUGAUGUGGACAGCUUCCAGCUUGAUAACAGUGAUCAAUUGAAAUCAACUCUUCCAUCAUCACAUGAAUACGGCAGUGAAGAAACCAAACGACAAGCAAAACGUCGCAACACAUCCGGUCCUCCAGUGCAAGAAGAAGAAGAAGAAGAAGCAGAGGAUGAAGUAGCUUAUGCAUAUCGUCAACAACUCAGCGAAUCCAUGGUGGUAGCUGAACCUCUUUUGGUCAACAGUAAUUCAUCAUCAUCCAUCACCCAUGGUCACCAUCAUCAUCAUCACCCUCACCAUCAUCGCAACAUGCCUGAUUUAUCCCUUGCAUCCACAGCAGAUGAUGGCGUUCCCCUUGAUGAGCUUGAUUUUGGAGGAAUCACUGAAGAUCUCGAUCUUAAAUUAUCAUUCAGCGUCCAAAUCGAUCCCACCAAGGCAUCAAAACCAUCAGGCAGCAGUACUACAAGUAGCCGGCGAAAAGCUCGUCGAUUUUUCAGUCCUUUAUUACGAUUCUAA